AUGGUUGCCUCACAGUUUCAAAAAGUGCAAAUAAUACAGGCACCCUCUCGCUCCGCCAUCGUGGGCGAGUUGUCAGUCUUUCUCGCGGGCACGACGACCAAGUCAUCCUACCCGGACUGGCGCCAGGCCCUCAUCGAAGCCGUGUCUCACCUGCCCAUCACCGUCCUUAACCCGCUACGACUCGAUUGGGACCACACAUGGGGACCCGAGCAGAUCUCGGCGCAAGUGGAGUGGGAGUUGGACAUGCAGGAGCUCGCUGAUGUGGUGAUUGUGUUUUUUGGCCCCGAGACAGACGCACCGAUAAGUUUGUUGGAACUAGGCUUGUCGGCGCGGUCCGGCAAGGCGAUCGUGGCUUGUCAUCGAGACUACACGAAGAGAGUCAAUGUGGAGAUUGUGUGCCGCCGCUUCGGAUUGGAGUUUAUUCAUGCUGACGUUGACCUGGCGGAGAGUGUCAUCAAAAAAGGCCAUGAGUCGAUCGAAGCGAUUCCGGGUCAAGCCUUGAAGCUCACUCGUUAG